AUGGCCGCGGGGAACCACACGGUGAGCGUGUUCAUCCUGCAGAGCUUCACCCAGGACCCGUGGCUGCAGGGGGCCCUCUUCUGCCUCUUUUUCACCCUGUUCACAGUGGCUCUGGCAGGGAACGGCCUGAUCAUUGCAGCCAUCCAGCGCAGCCCUAACCUGCACACCCCCAUGUACUUCUUCCUGGUCAACCUGGCUGUGCUGGACAUGGUCUGCACCUCGUCCAUCCUGCCCAAGGUGCUGCAGAGCCUGGUUGCAGACAGCACCAUCUCCUUUGGAGGCUGCCUCAGCCAGAUGUUUUUCUUCACCUGGUCGCUGAGCUCUGAGCUGUUGCUCUUCACUGCCAUGGCGUAUGACCGCUACCUGGCCAUCUGCCGGCCCCUGCACUACAGCUCCCUCAUGAGCAGCAGGGCCUGUGUGGCCCUGGCAGCCUUUGUGUGGUCCACAGGCAUGUUCAAUGCCUUUCUGCUGACUGGCCUGGUCCUGCGGCUGACCUUCUGCGGCCCCAACCUCAUCGCACAUUUCUUCUGUGAGAUCCCGCCUGUGCUGCAGCUGUCCUGCAGCCCGACCUUCCUCAAUGACGUGCUGACCAUCACUGCAGACAUGUUCCUGUCGGGCCUGAACUUCCUGCUGACCAUGGUGUCCUAUGGUUGCAUCAUCUCCAGUAUCCUGCGCAUCCGCUCAGCUGAGGGCAAGAACCGCGCCUUCUCCACCUGCUCCUCACACCUCAUUGUGGUCUGUGUGUACUACACGGCUGUGUUCUAUGCCUACGUCAGCCCAGCCUCCAGCUACAGCCCCGAGAGGAGCAAAGUGGCUGGAGUGCUGUAUACUGCACUGAGUCCCACCCUGAACCCGCUCAUCUACACGUUGCGGAAUGCUGAGGUCCAACGAGCCCUGGCCAAGCUUCUGCCCUUCUGCCGAAGGUGA